AUGCAAGCUCCAGUUGUGUUUUUAAACACGUCCCAGGAAAGAACUGUUGGCCAUCAGGCUCAAAUAUCAAACAUCACAGCUGCCAAAGCCGUUGCUGAUAUUAUUCGUACAUGUUUGGGCCCAAAAGCAAUGCUAAAAAUGUUAUUAGAUCCUAUGGGUGGACUAGUUUUAACAAAUGAUGGUCAUGCCAUCUUAAGAGAAAUUGAUGUUGCUCAUCCAGCAGCCAAAUCCAUGUUGGAAUUAUCCAGAACCCAAGACGAGGAAGUUGGUGAUGGAACAACCACUGUCAUAAUAUUAGCUGGGGAAAUCUUAGCUCAGUGUGCUCCAUAUUUGAUUGAAAAGAAUAUACAUCCUGUUAUUAUCAUACAAGCUUUGAAAAAAGCUUUGACCGAUGCUUUAGAAGUUAUUCACGAAGUUAGCAAACCUGUCGACGUAGAAAAUGAAGAAGCCAUGAAAAAAUUAAUCAAAGCUUCCAUUGGUACUAAAUACGUUAACCAUUGGAGUGAAAAAAUGUGCAAAUUGGCUUUAAAAGCUGUCAAAUCCGUUAAAAUAGAUCUAAGGGGUACCGACACCAGUAUAGACGCAGACCUUGCCGAUCAAUCAUCCAGAUACGAAAUUGAUAUCAAAAGAUAUGUUCGUGUUGAAAAAAUACCUGGCGGUGAUGUUCUAGACAGUCGUAUUUUAAAUGGCUGUGUUUUAAAUAAGGAUGUUGUUCAUCCAAAAAUGGCUAGAUUUUUAGAAUCUCCAAGAGUUAUUUUGUUGGACUGUCCCUUAGAAUAUAAAAAGGGGGAGUCCCAAACUAAUAUCGAAAUUACUCGCGAAAGUGAUUGGAACAGGUUGUUGCAAAUUGAGGAAGAGCAAGUCAAAAUUAUGUGUGACCAAAUCUUAAAAUUGCAUCCCACUUUAGUCAUUACCGAGAAAGGUGUUUCGGAUUUGGCACAACAUUACUUAUUAAAAGGUGGAUGCAGUGUUUUGAGAAGAGUAAAAAAAUCUGAUAACAAUAGAUUAGCUCGUGUCACUGGUGCUACCAUUGUUAAUCGUGUCGAAGAUUUGAAAGAGUCAGAUGUUGGUACCAAUUGCACAACAUUCAAGGUGGACUUGAUUGGGGAUGAGUAUUAUACUUUUAUCGAGGGUAACGGCGAUGCUAAGGCCUGUACUAUUUUGCUAAGAGGUGCUUCUAAAGAUAUAUUAAACGAAAUUGAACGUAAUUUACAAGAUGCAAUGUCUGUUGCUCGUAAUGUUAUGUUAUCACCUUCCUUGUCCCCUGGUGGAGGAGCUACUGAGAUGGCUGUUUCUGUCAAGUUAGCAGAGAGAGCUAAACAAUUGGAGGGCAUUCAACAAUGGCCAUAUCAAGCUGUUGCUGAUGCUAUGGAGUGUAUUCCAAGAACUUUAAUUCAGAACGCCGGUGAAAAUCCAAUCAGAAUUUUAUCUCAAUUAAGAGCCAAGCAAGCUCAAGGAUUGAAUACCGCUGGUAUUGAUGGUGAAAAUGGGAAAGUCGUCGAUAUGGUGGAAUACGGUAUUUGGGAACCAGAAGUCAUUAAACAACAAAGUAUCAAAACUGCUAUUGAAAGUGCUUGUUUGUUAUUAAGAGUUGACGAUAUAGUUAGUGGUAUUAGAAGACCAGAACAAUAG